AUGCUUGCGACACUGGCCUUUAUAAAGGGAAAGAAGUGGUCAAGUAUGGCCAUCAAACGAGUGUACUUUGGCAACUGGCUUCGAGACUACUCGCAAGCAAUCGACGUUGGGAGCUUGAAGGGUCCUGUCAAUGCUGAUACCAUUCGCGUCUUGGUUUGGGUCCUUUCCUUUAUGGCCUUCGGCUAUGCCACCGAGGAGUUUGAGGUCACCGCCGACCGGCUCGGUGUCUAUCGCGCCGAAGAGCACAUUGACAACCCUCUAGGUUACGCCGAGGGGUUUGACGCCAGAAAGUUUGACUCUAGGCUACGUGGACCCGUGCGCCCGAUCGAAACCGAGAUUGAUAUGAAGACCGGAAUGAAGAACUACAUCGCGAACGAGACUGGUGAUUGGCCGACGAGCGCUGGAUAUCUUCGGUUUAGCAUUGGGCGAUGCAUCCACUACGGCCGCCUCUAUACGUGUGGCUCGCGCUCUGGAAAGAAGAAGAUCUCUGUGAAGCCCUCCGAUGCCUUGGCCAGGCACUUCACUGCCUCGAGGAUUGGGGCGCUCAUACCAACUACAUCAGAGGUUGAUGAAGUCGAUGUCGCCCUUAAGAAUGCCGAGGGCGGAGGUUCAGGGUCCGGGUCAGGGUCGCGGGGCUUCGGUGGCUUGUCUGGGGGCGGCGACUUUAUAUCCCUGGUCGGCAACCUCCCGGGCGUUGGCGGUGGGUUCGCUGCCCAGGCCAGGGAGUUGAAGGCGGCGUCUGAUGACCAAGAGCGCGAGAACAAGCGUUACGAAUCCAUGGAACGCAGCCGCGACAACCCAAAUCAGGUCCCCGGAAUGAACCCCAACAUCGAUCCUGUCAAGAUUUCCCAAAAGAUCUAUCCUAUCCUGGAGUUCCGCGACAAGAUUGUCAAGGCCAUCAACGCUGGCAUCUCCAAGAUUCCAGGCUUAGAGAAGGUCUUGGACCACAUCUCGGAAACGCUCACAGCGUUCAUUCUUGGCCUCCUUGCCCCCUUUAUCCGCCCAAUCAUCCAACAGGGCUCCAAGAUUCUCAAGGAUGGCUCCGAGAAUGUCAUCAGCGCGAGCGCCAAGUCUCAGCUCGAGCCUUGGAACAACCCCGCUGCAGCGAUCCGACACACUCUAUGCUUUCCAAGGAUCACUUUACCAACAUUCUCAACUCUUGCGGUGGAAUGGUUGCCCCGGAUCAUGUUCGCGUGGGAAAACCCAAACGUGCCAGUGAAUGAAAUUGUCAAUGAUAUUCUUCAGGUAUUCCACCAUCCCGCUCUCCGCGACGAACGGAUUGACAUCCAACGUGACAUGUACGCCACGGUACGAAAAUGGUUCAACGAACAUCCUAAGCGCCACGAAAUCCCGCGUCUCCUGAGCUCGGAGAGUGUCAAGGCUGGUAAGAACAACCUCCUGCAUGGGCAGCAGAAGACGGGGAGCCGAAGCGGUGGACACUCCUGCGCGGAUGGUGGACACGGCAAGGUUGCCGGCGGUCUAUGGAGCCAGGUGCGAACCAGGGAUUUCCGCGAUGACGUGGAACCCGAAGGAGGCGCUGUGCUAUCACCCGGAUUCCCCGCCCCUAAGGCUAGCUAUGGCUACGCGGGAGAGGGUCUCGCAGCUUCGUUUUAUUCGGGGCAAAGCCCCGGCCUUCGCCAGGGCCCUCGGGCCGGCCGGGUUCAUCCUCGGCGCAGCAGUCGUAUCAUGGAGGGUCAGGCUCCAGUUACGGCCAGAAUGACCGCCCUGGAUCUGGCUACAAGCAACACGACCGACCUGGAUCUGGAUACGGUCAGAAAUAUGACAAGCCUGCGUCGGGGUACGGCCAGCAACACGACCGACCUGGAUCUGGAUACGGCCAGCAGUAUGACAAGCCUGCGUCGGGGUACGGCCAACAACAUGAUAGACCCGGCUCCGGUUACCAGCAGCAAGGAAGACCCGGCUCCGGAUAUCACCAACAGUCUAGGUCCCCGCCGCCUCAAGGUUACCAUCACGGGCCUCCUCAGCCUGGUCCUGGUGGGCACGGCCCUCCUCAUGGGUAUGGGCAGGGCCUUCCGCCCGGUGGACAGGGCUACGGUCAUCAUCAGCCUCCGUAUCCCCAACAGCAGCCCCAUUACCAAGGCGGGGGUGGAGGCGGAGGCGGAGGCGGAGGGUACCCUGAUGGCAAAUCUCACGAUGUUGGUGCCGGCCAUGGAAAGUAUGGUUUAG